AGUUGGUCUGCAAAGGGAGGGUCGUUGCUUUUCUGGGCUUGUAAUCGAAGCCUCUCUAUUGGUCAUCGACCCUGCGCUUUGGACUUUUGUGUGCAGUGUUUUUCCACUAUUCUUUGGUUUGGGUUUAUUGUUUGCCCGGGCAUUUUGUUUGCUUGCCUCCUUACUGGUUGGACCGGGGGAGGGGGCGUUUCGGGUCCUUUCCCUUCCCCCACACACCGGCUCUCGUCCUUUACCUCCUCGCUGGCCGCAAGCUGCGGUUGCUGCAAGAGACCAAGCCGACUAGCUGGCGAGCGGAGGGACAAGGAUGGACCAUACAGAGGUUCUGAAGCCGCGGACCUUGGAAGAACUGAUCCGGAUCCUGAACGAAAUCUUCUCCGGGGACAGCAUCAACGUAGAAGAGGUGCAGUCCAUCAUGGAAGCUUACGAGAGCAACCCUACGGAGUGGGCAGCGUACGCGAAAUUCGACCAGUACAGGUAUACUCGAAAUCUUGUGGAUCAAGGAAAUGGAAAGUUCAACCUGAUGAUUCUGUGUUGGGGUGAAGGGCAUGGCAGCAGUAUCCAUGAUCAUACAGACUCCCACUGCUUUCUGAAGAUGCUGCAAGGAAACCUCAAGGAGACCCUCUUUGCAUGGCCUGAUAAGAAAUCCAAUGAGAUGAUGAAGAAAUCCGAAAGAAUCUUGAGGGAAAACCAGUGUGCCUACAUCAAUGAUUCUAUUGGUCUACACCGGGUGGAGAACACAAGUCAUACAGAACCUGCUGUUAGCCUUCAUUUGUAUAGUCCACCUUUUGACACUUGCCAUGCCUUUGACCAAAGAACAGGACAUAAGAAUAAAGUCACGAUGACAUUUUAUAGCAAAUUUGGAGCAAGGACUCCAUUUGCAACAAGUUCAUUGGAGAACAACUAAAGAGAUCCAGCCACUAGAGUAUUUUUCCUUUUUCUUUCUUUUUAAAGUAUGCUGAAAUCUUUAAUUGUGGACAAAGAACCACCAAUCACUUGCUGUCCAAUAGUACCUUUAAAUAAGAUGCUUAGAGAUAUAUUAGGGCAGACUUCUGGCUGCUUGUAGUUACCUUGAAUGAAUGCUAAUGAUAGGGGACUAUCUGUGUGAACAAUGCCAGCAGAUACUGGAGAGGAGAGAUCCUAUUGUUAUGGUCUUUAUACUUGGAAGACCUAAUCAGAUGCUCUCUUAGGCGUCUCUUUCUCAUCCUUAUGGUUCCCUACUAGGAAAGACAGUGAAGUACAUUUGACAGUUUUUGUCCAUCAUAAUUAGCAAUAAUUAGCAAUAAAACCAAGCCUAAGACUUCAUAACCCUACCUUUGUUAUUCUGAUGAUUAAGUAUACAGAUUUAUAUUAUAUUUUAUGUUCUCUGAUUUCUCUGGGUUUCCAUCUUCACAAAUUCCUCUUCUGUGUAUAGGUCACUGUGUACAGAGACACUCAAAUCAGUUUGCCCUUUGGUUGUGAAAUAAAUCGCAAGGAUGUAGUUGGAGUUCACAGCAAAAAGAAAUCACAAGUGUGUUUUAAUGUGACCAAAUGCCCAUGUAAAAUACUUUUUGUAUUGCUACCAAAAUUGUCAGGUUAACUUGAAUAAAACUAAAUUUGAACAUAA